GAGUAUCCGGGUGUCUUGGAUUUGCUUGCCAUUCUGCUCUGUUGCUCUACCAUCUCGUUACUAGACGUAGGCAUUAGACGUGACAAUCAACUACAUUUGAACUGAGCAGAAGAAAUAUUAAAGGCAUAGGCUUCAGAAGAAAUGUCUCAAAGGCAGCCUCAGUCACCUAAUCAGACUUUAAUUUCAACCACAAAUGACACAGAAUCAUCAAGCCCUGUCGUUCCUAAUGAUACCACAAAUAAAGGAAGGACCGGAGACAACUCUCCAGGAAUAGAAGCAUUGUGUGCCAUCUAUAUCACUUAUGCUGUGAUCAUUUCAGUGGGCAUACUUGGAAAUGCUAUUCUCAUCAAAGUCUUUUUCAAGACCAAAUCCAUGCAAACAGUUCCCAAUAUUUUCAUCACCAGCCUGGCUUUUGGAGAUCUUUUACUUCUGCUAACUUGUGUGCCAGUCGAUGCAACCCACUACCUUGCAGAAGGAUGGCUGUUCGGAAGAAUUGGAUGUAAGGUGCUCUCUUUCAUCCGGCUCACUUCUGUUGGUGUAUCAGUGUUCACGUUAACAAUUCUCAGUGCUGACAGAUACAAGGCAGUUGUGAAGCCCUUGGAGCGUCAGCCCCCCAAUGCCAUCCUGAAGACCUGUGCCAAAGCUGGCUGCAUCUGGAUCGUGUCUAUGAUCAUUGCUCUACCAGAGGCUAUAUUUUCAAAUGUAUAUACUCUUCGAGAUCCCGACAAAAAUAUGACCUUUGAAUCGUGUGCCUCUUAUCCUGUUUCUGAGAGGCUCCUGCAAGAGAUACAUUCUCUGCUGUGCUUCUUAGUGUUCUACAUUAUUCCACUUUCGAUUAUCUCUGUCUAUUACUCUUUGAUUGCUAGGACUCUUUACAAAAGCACCUUGAACAUACCUACUGAGGAACAAAGCCAUGCCCGCAAGCAGAUUGAAUCCCGAAAGCGAAUUGCCAAAACGGUGUUGGUGCUGGUGGCUCUGUUUGCUCUCUGCUGGUUGCCGAAUCACCUCCUGUACCUCUACCGCUCAUUCACUUCUCAAACCUACGUGGACCCCUCUGCCAUUCACUUCAUUGUCACCAUUUUCUCUCGGGUUCUGGCUUUCAGCAAUUCUUGUGUAAACCCCUUUGCUCUUUACUGGCUGAGCAAAACCUUCCAGCAGCAUUUUAAAGCUCAGUUAUUCUGUUGCAAGGCAGAGCUGCCUGAGCCUCCUGCUGCCGAUACCCCUCUUGACAACCUGGCCGUGAUGGGAAGGGUCCCGGGUGCUGCAAGCACUCAGGUGUCUGGAAUUAGUGUGUCCGUGUUCGCUGGCUGUAGUGUGAAGAAGGAAGAUGACAGAGUCUAGCUUUUCAAUUAAAAAUAGUAUUUUUCCUCCCAGCGUGUGUAUUCGACUCUGAGCUGUGUGUAGGUGUAUGGUGUCAGAAUUUUUGUUGCUUGAGAAUUGUGCUGAAAUCUUAGGAGGGAAGGAUCAGACAAACCAUGAUUUUCUUCAAUCUAC